CUCCUCCAGGUACCUGCCGUUGGAAACAGUUGCAGAACAGGAUCUGCCUGCUUCAGGAAGUGGACUGUGGGAAAGGAGAGGGAGGGAGUGAAAUCCAAGGGGCAGAUGAGGAAAGGAAGCUGAAGCAUCUUCUGCAGAGUCUACUGUAAACACUGUGCCACAGAUUUGUGUAAAACAGCUGCAAGGUGAUGUUCAGAAAACUUUUCCUGUUGCCAAAUUCUUCAGGACUUGAACAUUGAGCCAAGGGAGCCCCAUUUGGGGUUGAGAGCCACAGGUCAAGAAACAGUGCUCUAGAACACAGAGGGAGUGAUUGAGUUCAGUCUGGUGACUUCCUAAGAAAGAGACUUUAUACGCUGUGGAAUCCAAAGUUUGGAAAGACUUUAAGAAAAUGGCCAGUGAUGUGGAGACCAGGUUGCUUCUGGCCAGGCAGAUCAAGAUGGAGCCCAAUACUGAGGAGAUAGACAAUUCUAUCAAAUUGGCUGAGCUGCCAAACUUGGUGCAAUGUGGAACCAUUGGGGAUCUGCUCCAUGACAUAGCGCCCCAGCAGCCACCUCCUGGACCCUCCCAUUGCUGGGAGGAUGCUUGGAAGCAAGUCCUAGAAGCAUUGGAUGCUGAUUCUUUGCCACAUGUUCAGAGGUAUGGAAGUGAAGGAAAUAAAGAAGUUCACAGCUCUCAGGGCGAAGAUGCAUCGGAGGAACGUGUCUCAGAGUCAAGCUUGUCUCUUUCCCUGGAAAACAUGUGGAUGCUUCAGUUCCGACUGGGAGAUGAUAUUGAAUCCUGCCUGGAGAGCUUUGAACAGGCAGCCAAGGCCCAUCAUUGGCCCAAAGAAGAAUGGGUUGCCCAUCUGAAGCCUCAUCUAAGCCCCAAAGCUUUCCUGGCCUGCUGCGAUGUGGCUGGAGACUACAGCGUGGUGAAGGCCAGCAUCUUGCAGCAUCAUGGAAUCACCCCAGAGAUUCAAUGGCGGUGUUUCAGGCAGUACCGUUACCACAAAUCUAAAGGGCCCAGAGAAGCAUGCCGGAAGCUCCGGGCCCUUGCGUGGCGCUGGUUAAAGGACCUCAGCAAAGAGCGGGUCUUGGAGCAACUCGUUCUGGAGCAGUUUCUGGACAUUCUGCCGCAAGAAAUGCAAAGCUGGGUCAGGCGAUGCGGUCCGGAAACAUGCGCCCAGGCAGUGGACCUUGCUGAAGGUUUUCAACUGGGUAAGAAGCCACCAGUAUCAUUCAAAGAUGUCUCUGUGAAGUUCUCUGAUGCAGAGUGGGCCUUAUUAUCGGAAAAGCAACGAACAUUGUAUCAGGACACCAUGCUGGAAAAUUUUCAGAAUGUGUCCUCUUUGGGAUUUCCUCGAGAGAAACACAAGUUCAUUGCUCAGAUAAAGAAAGGAGGAAAACUGGAUUUUCAGGAUGGUGCCGAAAGAGGAUAUCUCUUAGAGAAUGAACUCACAGGAAAUUUGCUACUUCCAGUUUCUAAAGAAUAUUGUAUGGAAAAGAAGGGCAUUUCAAAGAAAGCGAAGAAACCAGCAGAAAAAACUCAAGAGCACUCAGGCCAAGUCCAGUCGUUUGGCAAUGAGCCCUCCAGCCCCGAGAUGCAGCCUAUCUCUCUGAGCCCUACAAAGGUGCCCUCAGUCAAGACCCAACCCACAAAAAGGCGAAUGUCAUCUCCAAAGGGUAGAAAACAUCAAAAGAAGGAACGACGGCCACCAACCCCAGAGGGGCCUCCUUCCAACAGAAAGCAGUCUCCACCCUCAUUGCCAAGAGAAGCACCUGACAAUCAGGAACUAAGUGAUGAUGCCGUUUCAACCCACAAUCAGGAACCUGAAGAUGUUGCAAAGCCCCGCAAGCGAAAGAAAGUAACACCAUCGCAAAGCGGGCCACCGAAACCAAAGAAGCAAGCAGUGCUGAUAGAAAAGCACUUCAAGAUGAAGAAGAAAUCUAAGACUCAGGAAGAGCCCCAAGAAUCGCAGGGGGAAUUGCCGGUGCCAGAGAAGACUUCUCCUUGCAAGAAGAGUCAAAGGCAACAAGAGGCACAGCAGGCACCAUCCCCAGAUGAAAAUGCGAAGCCCCACAGAGUCACCACUGCAUGUGUCACGUGGCACCCUCCCGUUAGUGCCACUGUUGUCUCUGACCUCACCUGCUUGGAGUGCGGGCGAUCAUUCAAGCAGAGGGCCGACCUGCGCCACCACCAGUAUGUGCACACGAGGGAGAAGCCCUACGCCUGCAGCAUGUGCAGCAAAUGUUUCCGGCACCCCAGCCACCUCCACAUCCACCAGCGUACACACAGCGGGGAGCGGCCCUACAAGUGCCCUGAGUGCGGGAAAACCUUCUCCCAGAGCUGCAACCUGCGGACGCACAGGCAGAUCCACACAGGUAAGAAGCCCUUCCAGUGCUCCGUCUGCAACAAAUGCUUCUACCACCGGUCCAACCUCACCAUCCACAAGCGUGUGCAUACCGGGGAGCGGCCCUAUUCCUGCUCUGUGUGCCCGAAGAGCUUCAGUGACCGGUCCACCCUGGUGCAGCAUGAGCGCACACACACCGGGGAGAGGCCCUAUGCCUGCCUUGUUUGCAAGCAGAGAUUCAGUCAAAUGUCGCACCUUACAAAGCACAGCCGGGUGCAUUCAGAUGCCAGGGGCCAGCCCAAGACAAAGCCCACCAGGGUGCUUGUCCCAAGCCCCCCUAAGAAUUGCAUGUCGCAGCCCAAUGGAAAAGAUGGUUCCUUCAAAAAGACAGAGGCCAAGCAGGACCAGCACAAUCUCACCUCAAUCUCAAAAACGUUGGUUUCCUCAUCCCCCAAGAAUAGGCUUCCACAGAACAAAGAUGCCACUUAGAACAAGUCACAGAGAACAUUUGGCCUACAACUCCCAUCCAAAUCACCCAGCAUAGGAUUGUGGGAGCUUGAACUAUAACUCCCACAAGCCUAGUACAGAAGACAUUUCCAAAUGGCAGGGAAAAGGCAUUAAAGGUUGUAGCAUUCCAGGACUAGUGGGUAUCAAUAAAGAUGAUGAUAAUUCAGCACUGAAACACUGUGCCUUGGAGUGUGGUGGAGUCUCCUUCCCUGAAGGUUUCUAAACAAACUGAAUGGCCAUCUGCCAGGAAUGCUUUGAUUGUGUAUUUUUACACGGCAGGAUGGCCCUGUGGUAUUUUCCAACUCCAUGAAUUUAUGAGAAAACAAAAGGAGUUCUCAAGUCAAUUAUGUCACAUCAAAGAGCUUGUCAGACUGAUAUAUUUUGAAGUAAUGAAUGUGAAUUAGAUAACCAAUCCUUUGCUAGUGACCGUUCCUCUUUAGCAAUGAUAGGGAAUAUGUUGCCUUCUAUGUAUUUAUUAGACUUCACCUCUUAUCUUCCCCCACCAUUGACAGUGCUUGCAGCAAGCUGAUAAAAGUUGCAGUCCAGCAUGUGAAGGGCCACAAGUCAACCUCGCUUUGCUCUGCAUCCUCCCACUUGUGCUGUUGCUAUAGGUUCAUCUGAAUAGAGUAAGACUUCUUUUUAGAUUAUCAAACCAGAAGGAUUACCAUAAAUUAUUGUACAUAAGGAAUUGUAUAUUUAGAGAGGAGAGGUUGAUGCUCAAGGCCAGAUUUUAAACAUAUGUGUCAUGUUCCUUCAUGGAAAGCCCAUCCAUUUUCAAGAAAUUGGAUUUGGAAUUUUUAAAUGUGACCUAGAAAUAUGUAUUUAUAAAAUAUGACAUCAAUUAAAAAAUAUUUAUCUUUUUUCUCAUAUUUAUUAUAGCUUUUUAAAAUACAUUAAAUUUUUAAUUUUAUUUCUCAUUUUGAAUAACUUUAGAUCUUUCUGGUUCGGAUAUAGGCCAUGGUGGGGAGAAGGAUUUAAACUCCCCUGUAUAGGCCGUGGUCCCCACUGUCUUGACCCAAAGAGGAGCCACAAAGCAACUAAAGGCAUAAAAUAUUAUAUCAAACUCUUGGGAGUUUGGAAAAAAAGUGAAUGAAUUUUUUUAAAAAGUGCAAAUGAACUGUAAAGCCAUAUAUGUGAUUUGAAAACAGAAGAAUAAAUUAUUUGAUGUAUUUAUUCAA